CAAAAUGCUUUGAAUUAAAACAGUGAUUAUUUAGAGAAAAAAAAAAAAUGCACGCUAAAUUCUAAAACAAAUUCAUAUUAAGGUAAGGUCAAGCGAUAGUAUCUCAGCGUUAGGGCGUAGCGUAGGACAGUGAACCAGCGACGGCCUGUGUCAUAUUGAUCAUGCAACUUGAAGACGAGCUUCAAACAAUGGAGCCUAACAACAACACAGUAACACACGACGAAGAACAAGAAGACGACGACGACGAACAUGGCGUUCUCCUCUAUUACAAGUACGCCCAGAUCCCGGACCUCAACCAUCUCCUUGAUUUCUACACCUCCAAUUGCAAUUCCCUCCGCCUCCUCGGCCGUGUUCGUCUCUCUACUCUCGGCGUCAACGUCACUGUUGGUGGGACGCUAAGCUCGUUGAAGAAGCACAUUGCCGCGGUUGAGUGGAACAGUUUGUUCCAUGGCACCGACUUCAAGAUCGCGGCUUCUCCUCGCCCAAUGGGCGACAAGGUUGCCAAAGAAUGUGGAUUCACUUCUCUCUCAAUUCGCAUUGUGAAGGAAUUGGUUACUUUGCACUCUAAUCCUCUGCUGAACCCGCCAGAAAUUUCAGAUGCUGGGAAGCAUCUUUCUGCUCUCGAGUUUCACUCUGUUCUCCAAAAAGCUGAUGCUAGGGAUCCAACAGACAAUAAGCAACUUGUUUUGUUAGAUGCAAGAAAUUUGUACGAGACGAGAAUCGGAAAGUUCGAUGCUCCAAAUGUCAAAACUUUGGAUUCAGGAAUUAGGCAGUAUAGUGAUUUGCCCUCGUGGAUUGAUCAUAACUCGGAGAACUUGCGGGGCAAACAUGUCCUCAUGUAUUGCACUGGGGGAAUCAGGUGCGAGAUGGCAUCAGCUUAUAUAAGGUCAAAAGGUGCUGGUUGUGCUAAAAGUUGGCAUUUUUUAUUUGGUGGAAUACAGCGUUAUUUGGAGCAAUUUCCUGAUGGUGGUUUCUUCAGAGGAAAGAAUUUUGUUUUUGACCACCGGAUAUCAGUUGGGAGCUCAGAUGCAGAUAUAUUGGGUAGCUGUCUUUUUUGUGGCUUACCCUUUGAUGAUUAUUCUUCGCGCCUCCGGUGCACUUACUGUAGAAUGCUUGUUUUGGUUUGUUAUAGUUGCCAGGUAAGAGGCAUUGCAUUUGUCUGUGAGCUAUGCAAGAAACACCACAAAGAUGUUGGGUUGAUUUCAUCACUUAGUUACUGACAACCACCACAUGCUGCAGAUAACAGACAUCGACGAAAACUCAGAAUCUUAUGCUUGCACGGAUUUCGACAGAAUGUGUCUAGUUUCAAAGGAAGAACUGCGUCAUUAGCCAAGAAACUUAAGAACAUUGUUGAGCUUGCCUUAAUUGACGCGCCUCAUGAGUUGCCCUUCAUUUAUCAACCAAGUGUAUCAGAGUUGGAUCAAACUUGUGCAUCACCUUCACCACUAAAAGGUCCUCCUCCACCGUCGCAGCAUUGCAAGAAGAAGUUUACCUGGUUAGUGUCACCCAAUUUCGGCCAAAGUAGCAAAACAGACUGGAAAAUUGCAGAUUGUCCAUUUGAUGCUCUCCAAUACGAGCAGCAAACUGAUGGGUUUGAGGAAUCAUUGGCGUAUGUAAAAGAUAUGAUCUCUCGAGAAGGGCCAUUCGACGGGAUCUUGGGAUUUUCUCAGGGUGCUGCAACGGCUGCCGCAGUGUGUGCUCGACUAGGGACACUUAAUGGAAAACUGGAGUUUAGAUUUGCAAUUUUGUGUUCUGGGUUUGCUCUGAAUUUACCGGAGCUUGACGGGGGAUUGAUCCAGUGCCCCUCACUUCACAUUUUUGGGAGUGACGAUGGAAAAGACAGGCAGAUAGCAAACAAAGCAAGCAGAGAACUGGCUUCAUUGUUUGACGAUGGUUGCUCUGUCGUAAUCCAACAUGACUCUGGCCAUAUAAUCCCUACUCGUUCUCCCUAUAUAGACCAGAUCAAAGAAUUUCUCCAACGCUUUCUCUAAUGGUCUCCAAUUCAUCUUUGUUUGCAUUAGCAUUUCUUUAACAAGCACAGAAAUAGUUCACCAAAAUGACAAUUAUUUUUAGUUAUCAUUUAUAAACAGUUUAUCAUGCCCAAAGAAUUGAA